GGUGAGUCUGAGCUGCCAUCAGGCACGACGUGCAGUGACACACACUCUCAGCAGAUUCAGUAACAACAUCCGCAUGCUUACAGGUGCAUUAGUGAGCAGAAAGCCUAGGGGACAGACGUGUUGACUGGCAGUAAACACAGACGGAUCGCUUAAUGUGUUAUAAAUCAGCCUGCCACAGACUGUGGAGAGAAAGAGAGACAGAGAGUGACUCGAGACAGACCGCAUUGCAGAGCAGACAGAGAUCAUAGCAGAGCAUGAGUGCAGAAAUGGAGGUGUGGAGCAGUUCGGGAAUGGAUGAGAGCGAGAGAGACAGCGGCACAAGCCAUGAUGAAGAUGAUGAAGAACCAGAGGACGAAGAGGAACCCGACACUGAGGGACUGUGCAGGGAGCUGGUACAAGUGCUGUGCUCAGAGAGAGUUGGUCAAAUCACAAAGACGUAUCAUGACAUUGAGGCAGUUACACAUCUGCUUGAGGAGAAAGAGCGGGAUCUGGAAUUGGCAGCCCGGAUUGGCCAAUCGCUGCUCAAGCAGAAUAAAGCCCUGACUGAACGCAACAAACUACUGGACGAACAGCUGGAAAUUGCCCAGGAAGAGAUUUCCCAGCUGCGUCAUGAGCUUUCCAUGAGAGAUGAUCUCCUGCACUUUUAUGCCAGCACUGAAGAUAUAGAGCAUGCCUCAGAAACACUGCUUAUACGGAAUGAUUCGACCUCAUCUCUCAGCAACUACAUCAAUUAUGACUUUCUGCAACAGAAACUCAAGGGUUUGGAAGAGGAGAACUUCAAAUUGCGCACAGAGGCUAAUGAGUUAACAUUUGAGACCAACAAUUAUGAGGAACAAGAGCAACGGCUUAUGAUGGUGUGUGUGGACGAACUCUCGAUGGCGAAUAAGCGGGCUGUAUCUCUGUCAGAGGAGUUGGCCCGGAAGGUGGAAGAUUCGCUAAGACAACAAGAGGAGAUUAGUGCCCUCCUGGGACAGAUUGUCGACCUAGAGCAGCGCUGCAAAGGGCUCACUGCUGAGAAUGAGGAGUUAACGCAACAUCUGAAUGCCUCCCGGGAAUCCCAGGCGCAGCUGAAAACAGAGCUGAAGGAACUGCAGGAGAGGUACUCCGAAUGUGAGGACAUGCUCCAUGAAGCUAGAGAGGACAUUAAAAACCUGCGCAACAAGAGUAUGCCCAACAGCACUGUGCAGCGUUAUAGCACCCUGGCAGCGGUCUUCCCAAUGGAUUCACUUGCUGCUGAGAUUGAAGGAACCUUCCGGAAAGGCCUAGACAGCCCAGCGCCCACUGAGUACAAGAAUCAUCCAUUGCGGGUGUUUGAGACAGUGAAAGUGGCCAAUCAGGUGGCUCGGCUACGUUCUCAGAAUCCCUCUCCCCAGGUUCCAGGUUCUAGCCCCUCAUCAUUGCGCUCUAGUCGAAUUAGUACACCACGGACCAGUUAUUAUGAAUCAGACAAUGUUAGCGUUAACCUGGAGGAUAAGCACUCGCCUCCGACGCACACACAGGAUCAUGGGUUGCUGGAGUCAAAGCGUCUGGGCCAGCCAGGUACGCCAGGUGGGCAGGAUUUAGAGGAAGCGCUCCGGUCUCUCUCAGAGCGUCAGGAGAGCCACACAUCAGAGCGUCCGUUUUUUGAGGUGGAGCGAGAAAGGAAACUGCGCGCCCUGCAGAGUGGAAGCAGCGGCAGUGGCGGCGGCUCCAGUGGCUUCCUGACUCCCAAUGGCAGUGUUGCAUCCACAGGAACUAACUACUCUGGCACCUCCACGCAUUCCUCAGGCACAGGCUCCUCCCGCUCGUACCUGCCUGAACGGCUGCAGAUAGUAAAGCCACUGGAGGGCUCAGUGACUCUGCACCAAUGGCAGCAGCUGGCCAAGCCCAAUCUUGGGGGCAUCCUGCAUCCACGGCCAGGUGUCCUCACCAAAGACUUUAGAGAGCUGGACGUGGAUUUUCAGCAUGUCUACAGCCUCAACGACCUUGAGGAGGAUGAGCCUGAUCUGUCCAAAUUCCCCAACCUCCUGCACGGCACUGUGGUUACUUCAUCCAGACCUAACAUCCCUCAGACCUCCCCCACACUCCCGACCACUAGCUGUCAGAUCCUCCAUCCCUCAGUCCUCCUCUCCUCCUUCUCCACCAGCCUUCGGCCCCGCAGUGCGUCCGCUUGUGGGAGCUGUGAGCAUGUGAGGAUGUCAUCAGGCCUCCAGUGCAUCUCUGGGUCCACAUCACACCUCCACCCGACCUCCUCCCUCGGUCUGCUACAACUUGUAUCAGAGCGUGGAAUCUCAGCCGCAACCCAUCCCAGCUCUCCUCUCAUUCGCACCCUCACCGCAUCCUCAGAGGAAAGACAAUGGGGCUUUGAUGGAAGGGAACAAGGAAAAAGAGAAAAGGAACGGCAAAGAAACAUUUUCAGCGUCAAUCUUGUAGAAAAGCUCAGAAGCCUGGGCCUGUACAAAGUGGUUGCAAGAGGCGUGAUCGAUUUUGGUCGAAAAGAAAAACCAGACCCGAAUAACAGUCCCCCAUGAAACGCACAGAGCUGUUCACCAUUAAAGGUGCCAUUUCGUGCAUCACGCUCAUUUUGGCAUGCAGCUAAACUUUCCCCAUUUGUGAUGGGGCGUUCUGGAAGCCAUAUCAGUUGAAUGACAUAUCAAGUUUGCGUUUCUGUGAUGACUUCCUAUUUAACGUAUGUGUCACUGGGAAUUUUAAGUAUGGACUGCACCUCAAUAGAUUUCAUGAUGAAGUCAAACCCAUCUUUUUUGUAUCAUUGUUGUCGUAGGGUUUUUUAAACAUUCUUCAGAAGAGAACAUUUGUUGACUUUUUAACGUCUUCUUCGGUUGAGACUUUGUCUGUCACCAUCAGUCUUGAAAUCACUGUUUUAUUGUUAUGAAACUAUACAGCACUACAGAAAAAUGCACUAUGUGGCCUCAAUUUUUGCUUGCUGACAACCAAGCAUCAAUGUCAGUAGUGCGUUCUGCUUUCUGAGAAAUACAUUUGUUCAUAAUAGCACUUUUCAGGGCAUUCAGACCCCUUUUUCUAGGGAAUGCAGGAUACAUUAUGUGAGGUUAUGUACUGUACCUGCAGUCUACACUGUAAAAAUGAGAAGCUAUAUUUAUGAGGACUGUUGGUAGUCAAUUUAGGGAACAUUAUACUUGUUGAGCGAAUAGAAGUGAUCUUGUGCUUUAUUUUCAUUGUGCUUUAAUGCAAGAACACCUUAUGUGAUGGUUCACCAUGCACACACAUGUAUGUACUGUAUGUAAUGCAACUUUAAUGUCACAGACACAUUUUCAUCUGAUUGUAAAGUUUGUAAUGCAUAUGAUUGUGUUUUGCCAGAAUCAGGGAUGCAGAAAUAAAGUCAAUGGUGCAGUUUCAGCUUGAAUUAAAUGCUUUAGAGCCAUAAAUAGUUAGUGCACAAUCGGUUAAAUAUAGUAUAGAGUUGUCUUGGGAAUUUAUAUCACUGGAUACAAGAUCUAUUGGGUGCAUUGUUCAUUUAAUACAGCUUUUAUUUUGCCCUCAACAACCCGUCUUCUCCAUCAACGUCUUUCAUUGUGUCAACUAGAGUCUGUCAACCAAAUGAAAAGAAACAUGGUAAUGUAUCUGUGUAUGGAAAGCCUUCUAUGAAUUGGAGAUUUUCAGAGGGACAUGAUGAAGUGUAGUAUUUACUGAUCUAGAGUCUCAGACAUAAUGGUUAUUUAAAAAGUAAUAUAUAUAUAAAAAUGUAUACUUGAAAUACCACUCUGUACAAAACACAAUGCCUGGUCACAAUUUUGUAGAAUAUGUAUAGAGUUGUUUAAAAAAAGAAAGGAUAAUAUCAAAAAAAAUUAAGAAUUAUGUAAAGAAUUAUUCAUUUAAACAAGAAUAAAAGGUUAAAGGUUGAGUAAUGGUUGUAUUUUUACAUUAGAACAAUGUUUAGACACUGUUUAGUCUCACAAUAAAUUGAAGCCCCUGAGUACACUGUAUCUAAAGUAACUUUAUCAGGCACUGAUAUUGUGUUACACGGCAAUAAAGAUUUCAGUGUA